ACGGGUUCCGUAGAUAGCUAGUGUGCAGCUGACAAACGUGUUGUGGGGUACUUUCUAUGUCAGAACCAUUAGGUUAUGUCCUUCAUUAACCGUCAGCAUUAUUUUACUAACUAUGUAUUGGUAAAUACUACGUUAACAUCUCGUUUCUGUAAAUAGGGAUUUUUAUUCAGACAAACGACUUAAGUGAUAUGAUUCAACAACCGUUGGCCGGUUUUAAAUUCUAACCGGUAGUUGACCGGCACCAUGUUGAUCGAGUUUUCUCGAGUUAAAUCAUUUCGCCGGCUCUGUUCGGGGAUACUUUCAAGAUAUAAUAUAAUUAAAGAUGCCAGAAAAGUCGAGUCUGGCUCCUACAUUGUCAGUUGCUCUCCAGUAUCAGUGCUAUGGAUGCGUUCAAGUGAUGUCCGAAAUGUUACAACCUCCACAACACUGUCCUCCAAAGUCCGACAAAACCCGAAGAAGAGGGACAUGUCUGAAAAGAAGCUGACUCGUCACUUUGUGGACCAGCGGCGUGUGAAGCUGGUGGCUGGCUCAGGAGGUAAAGGUUCCUGCAGCUUUCACAGUGAGCCCCGCAAAGAGUGGGGUGGGCCCGAUGGAGGCAAUGGAGGUGAUGGAGGAAGUAUUAUCAUAAAAGCCGACCGGUUUGUCAAGUCACUGGCCCAAGUAGUUACUCUCUACAAGGGAGAGGAUGGCCAAUCAGGGGGCAGCAAAAACUGUUACGGUCGUAAUGGCAGCACAACCUACAUUUCUGUGCCGUUAGGAACUGUGGUGAAGGAGCAGGGCAAAACUUUAGCGGACCUGGCUGCGCAUGGUCAGGAGUUCUUGGCUGUAUUCGGAGGAGCUGGAGGGAAGGGAAAUCGAUUCUUUUUGUCAAAUGAGAACCGCGCCCCAAUGACAGCAACCCCAGGAACGGUAGGCCAGGAGCGGGUCCUUCAUCUGGAGCUGCGCACCAUGGCCCAUGCUGGACUGGUUGGCUUUCCAAAUGCUGGGAAAUCCUCCCUGUUGAGAGCCAUCUCCAACGCCCGGCCGGCUGUGGCUGCUUACCCUUUUACAACACUCAACCCACAUGUAGGAAUCGUCCAGUACAGGGAUCACCAACAAAUUGCAGUCGCUGACAUCCCCGGCAUCAUUCGAGGAGCCCAUCUAAAUCGGGGCUUGGGUAUCUCCUUCCUGCGUCACAUAGAACGCUGUCGUUUCCUCCUCUUUGUUCUGGACCUGUCGGCUCCAGAGCCUUGGACCCAGCUCCAACACUUGCGUUACGAACUGGACCAGUUUGAACCUGGUCUGUCUAAGCGGCCUCAGGCUAUUAUAGCCAACAAAAUGGACCUUUCCGAGGCUCAGGAGAGGCUAGAGACUCUAAAAAGCCACGUCACCCAGAGAGUCAUCCCAGUGUCUGCUCUCACUGGACAAAACACAGAGGAGCUCAUCCUCCACCUUAGAGAGUUAUAUGACGGCUACCUUCAAUGCGGUGGCAUUCAAGACAAAGACAUACCUAUUAAGAGUUAAAGAACAUGGUGUUAAACAUCCAUACAUAAUAUAAUUACCGUAUUUAAUAUGAUUAUAUACUGAAUACUAUUUAAGUGGUUUAAUAAAUACAUUAAAAAAGAAGGAUUUAGUAUUUUGUUAAUGAAAUAUUGCAGUGUCAUCUUUUAGUAAUAGUCCAUUUUCAGCUUUCUAUUUUAACAAAUAAUAACAAUAAAUAACAUAAUGUUAUGUUACUAAAAGAUGCAUUCAAAAA